CGAUACCACCUACCCCCCAAAAGCAAAAGAGAUCAAAGGGAAAAAGGAAAAAAUGAACACCAACCCUCCAAUCUAUUUCCGUGAAGACGACCUACGCUACUAUCCUUUCUGCCUCAGCCACACCUGCACCUUCACCUCCUCCCCCACUGGUCCUGGCAACACAGCACCGCCGGGGGUCUGCUGCUACUUCACGAGCUUGACGCAAUACCUGCAAUACCGCAAAGCGCUGUUCUUCUACGACCACCGCGCAGCGGAGGACAUUCUCACAACGUCGGACGUCUCGCUAAUCAUGAGCAUUUCGCGGCGCAUAAACGGGUUGCAGGUGGAGGUGUGGAACGGGAUGCGAAACACCCUCGUGCGCGAGGGGCUCAUGCUGAAGUUUGGGCAGAACGAGGAGUUGCGGAGGUUGUUGCUUGAUACGGGGGAUAGGGAGUUAGUGUAUGCGUCUGGGACAAGGGAUUGGGGAGUUGGAUUUGCGCCGACGGAUGCGGGGAAGAGUAGGGAUAGUUGGGGGUUGAAUCUUUUGGGGCAGGCUUUGAUGGACGUCCGGAGGAGGUUGAGAGAAUACGCCGAUGCUACGGGGACCUAUCCGAAAGCGCGACCGGCGCCGAUCGACAUUAAGAUGAAUAGCUUGGUCGAGUUACAAGGGGGCAGUUGAUGGUUAAGAGAGUGAGAGGGAAUGAGCUAGGAAGCUAGGGGCAUUAUGAUUAUAAUCUGGAGAAAUUAGCUAUCACAGGAAGAGGAGGGACCUUCUCAUGACUUCUCACUCACCAACAUGGCGACACACAGUUAGACAUUUGGCCCCGCAAUCGAGCGGGGAUUAUCGCGCUCAUAUAAUGAAUUACGAUACCAUGAUCCCCAAA